AUGAAUUCUACUGUUUCACCGAUUUCUACAACACCUCUUUUCGGCAAUAUUGGAGCUACCUUAGAGAACGCUUUCACAUCAGCAAAAGAAUUAUGCCAACUAAUGAAUGCCAAUGAAGAAAUGUCAAUAGCAUCGAGUCGUAUAGUUGCAUAUUUACCAUCAAAUGUUAAAAUUGAAGGUGAGGACGAUCAUACCAAACUAAUUUGCUUGGUAAACUCAAGAAUAACGGAAUUAAUCGAUCAAAUUAAAAAUCAACCAAACGCGGAAAAGCUACUCGAAAUAGGAAAGUGUUAUUACAUACUAGGCGAUUUUCCUAACGCAUAUGCAUCUUAUUUAUCUGCCUUUCGAUAUAACCAACAAGUCUUUACAUCCGAGGAUUGGUACUUAUUUGGGGCUUUACAUCAACACUUUACGGGAUACCAUGAAGCUUUAGAUUGCUUCCUCAAAGUUAACACUAAAGAAUUCAGCGAUGCAAAAAAUAAAGAUUUUACAAUGAGAUUUGCAAUUUUAAACCGCCAACUUAAGAAUUAUGAUUUAGCGUUUAAACUCUUCAGUUCACUUGCAAAUAACCCUCCAGAAAAGCUUACCGUUGAAGAUAUAACACUACAAAUCGCAUUCACUUCUUAUCAAAGCCUAAAAACAGAUGAUUCCCUGAAAAUGGUCAAUAACUUACUUGCUGUAUAUCCAAAGAACGAAUUAUUAAUCCGCGAAAGCCUUAUUUUACAAUUUUUAAUUUCAAAUACAAUUGGAUUGAAUGAAUUAUUACCAACAAUACUUAAUUACUAUAGAAAUUAUCCAGACUACUAUAUCAGCCUCCUUUUGGCUAGAAUUUACUAUUUAUUAGGCCAAUACGUUGAAAGUUACGAAUAUUUCAAAGUCUGUAUGGAUUAUUGGGGUGAAAAUGCAACAUUUUGGGUUGCCAUUGGCCUCUUGUACUAUCAGAAUGAACAAUUAGAUGAAGCAGCGAUUGCUUUUCAACGCUCGAUUUAUAUGAAACAAAAUGGACGAGUUGCAUGGCUAAAUCUCGGAUUUAUCUUUGAGAAAAAGAAUGAUAAAGAGAAUGCUAUCAGAAUUUACAAUACAGGCUUAAAACAAUGUAAUCAUCCUGAAUUUUCAAACAGAAUUAGUAGAAUCGGCCAAGGCCAACUAUUGGAGAUUGAUGAUAAUACAUUAUUCGAACAGGUACCAGAAACUGUUGAAAAACAGUACCUUCGAGCAAUUCCUUUGAUUAAUUUAUCUUUUCUGAAUCAAAAGAAGGACCAAGUGUACUUUGACCAAUCCUAUGAUUUGAUUUCCGCUUUUGGCCAACAGUAA